GCUGGUAGGUACAUCUAAGCUUGAAGCCCACACUGACUUUUUGAGUUGGCAACCCCUGCAUGGGGACUGUGAGUUAAAUAAAAGAAAAUACUUUUCAUGCAUCUGCCACAGUUAAGAACCACACUUCAAGCACUCUGACAACGAUGUUGUUAGGGAGCCUAGUGAUUCUGUUUCUCAUGACUUUGGAACAUGCUGCAGCUGGGGAAUCGUGGAGAAAAUCUGGGUGCCAUAAAAUUGGGCACACAAGAAACAUAAGCAUACCGGACUGCGUAGAGUUCAAGAUAACGACGAACGCCUGCCGCGGGUACUGCGAGUCAUGGUCGCUGCCCAGCAUCAUGCUCGGCUUCAAGCGACACCCCGUCACUUCCCUGGGCCAGUGCUGCAACAUCAUGGAGGCUGAAGACGUGCCGGUAAAAGUGUUAUGUUUGGACGGUGAAAGAAAUUUAGUUUUCAAGUCCGCGGUGUCAUGUGAAUGCUAUCACUGCCAAAAAGAUUAGUUUAGCAUUAUUUUUGAAUUUAACAAUUUUAACAUACCUAUACUGAUAAGACGAUCUAAGUAAAUAAUGACCUACUUAAGUAUAUACUAUUUUUUAGAUAAUAACUAACUAUGUGAGUGUGACUUGCUAUUGAGUAUCCGGGAUUCGAAAUAGAUACCUACAUUUGAUGUAAGAUUAUAUAAAUUUUAUGUAAGAUAAUAUUUAAAUUAAUGUAUGUAAUGUUUACAUGUAGCUACCUAUGAUAAUAAGUAGGUACGUUACCUAAUGUAAAAAUAGAAUAUUAAAAUAUUUUUACACGGA